AUGCGGGACGUCGAGGACGUCUCGGGCUCCGGAACUGCACCUGCGGCCCGUGGUUCGAGGACGAAGACGACGGGUGCCUGGAAACGGAAUGCUUCGUUUCUUGCUCUAGGUCUGGCGGCCGCACGACCGGCCGCUGUGUCGGCGCAUUUGUUCCCCUACGCGCCGACGCAGAUCCUCAUGCCAACCGCGUGCAUGAACAAGUCGACUUGCCGCGGCGCCGACCUGGCCUACGUCUUUUCACAGAGCGAUGACGGCGACGUGCUGUUCUCCGCCUUCAACUACUCGACGACGGUGACGGCCGGUGCGCAACCCGCGCCGGUAACGAAGGACCUGCCCUUUCUCAGGGACCAGCCGGCAACGACGGCGUUUGCGGCCGCGAGGACGAGCAACGGGUCGGUGGUGGUGUAUUCCGGGUCGUGCCAAGGAGCCGCGGGCUCGCUAUGGAGCUUCUCGGGCGAGUCGUCGUCGGGAGACGGGGGAGGCGCGUGGUCGAGGCGGACGACGAGCUCGAGCGGCCCUCCGCAGCCAUCUUCGCGAGGCCCGUACUUCCUCGGAGGCACCUUGGCGUUUUCGUCAAGGCUCUCGCCCCCCAUGGACGAGCCCACCAUCUACACCUACGGAGGCAUGUGCCGCGCUCCCGGCCCCGGCUCCGAAACGUGGCAGUCGAGCGCCAAUUACACGAGGUCGAUGAUGAGCUUGGUGCCGAGUGACCGGGCCCCUGAUACGGCCUACUCCCUCCGCGUGGCAUCGACUGCCGGUCCGCGGACGCCCAUUGCCGGAUUCACCCUCACCCAGCUGCCGGCUUCGGUGACAAACAUCUCUGGUGAGCUUUCACAGCAAGCCGGCUUUGUGCUGUUGGGCGGCCACACCCAAGAGGCCUUUAUCAACAUGAGCACGGCUGCCGUGUGGAACCUCCCCGAAGAGUCGUGGUCCUACAUCAACAUUGGGGCGCCGGAUGCCGCGGCAGGAAACGAGCUCGCCAGACGGGCUGACCGUGACGUCGAAGGCCGAUCUGGGCACUCGGCCGUCUUGACCGAAGACGGAGCAUCGAUUGUCAUCCUGGGCGGAUGGGUUGGCGAUGUCAGCAACGCUGCCGAGCCGCAACUCGUCGUCCUGCAGCUCUCGCAGGCGUACAGUUCUUGGAAGUGGAGCGUUCCGCGGGAACAACCUGGCGGAAACGGCGUCUACGGCCACGGAGCCGCGAUGCUGCCCGGCAAUGUGAUGAUGGUGUAUGGCGGCUGGGAGACGUCUGCUCCUGGCGGGAGCUCCAAAGGUCAAGCCUCGUCUGGCGGCGCGCCGCGUUUCCUCAACGUCACGUCCAUGUCGUGGUCGGACUCUUAUACCAACCCGACGCCGGGGGAAACCCUGGCGGGCAAAGGGUCGCGCGAUGCCCCCGGGGCCGGGAAUGAGCCCGCACAGUCUAGGAAGCUGGGGCUCGGACUAGGUCUCGGCCUGGGUCUCGGGCUGAUCUUGGCACUUGUUGUUCUCGCACUCCGCAUGCGGAGGAGGAGGCUCAACGAGAGGCGGCAGACGUCGCGGAGUGACGGGACCGCCCAGAUGAUGGCGCAGGAUGCGAGAUACUUGACCCACGAUGUGGACGAGACGACGGAACGUGACGAUGCGUUUCCGUGGCAUGCGCCCGGCAACGCUGGUCACCAGGGCGCAUCGGACACGUCCGUGGGCUACGAAUCUCUUCGAGGGACGAGGGCGCCUCACGACGACGGCAACGGACGCGCAGUCACGAGGAAACCCGUCAUGAGUCGGGGCAUGAGAGGAGGCUAUUCGCCCGCCGAGACUCGCUUCAGCGCGUUCGCCUCGCCCCUUGGCCGCAUCCAUCCCAUCCUGGAGGACGAGGAGGACGAAUAUCCCAAGGCGCCGCAACUUGCCACGGAGCCGCUUACACCAACUUCAGAGGAGCACUCGGAUCCGUUCGUGACGCCCACAGCUGCCGCGCCCUCGUUCCUGUCCCCGCCUAGCAAUCGGUCCUCCUCGGCUACGCCGGCCACGCCGAGUCCCGAGGCACGCCGCCGGUACGAUCCAGACGUCCAAGACUGGGUAUCCGACGUGGAUGCCGCCGAUUUGCUGCUGGACAGAUACAACUCUUCCCGGCAGGGCCGCAGGUCGCCCACACAAAAGAGCUCGACGCGCUCAGCGGCUCUGCGAGACGACGAAUCCAGAAGCAGCUCCAACCUGUCCGAGUCGAACCGCAGCGCGACAGACAGUCUGCGACGUUCGCAGUCUCAUCGGAAAUCAGCGACUUUUCUCGGCGGAAUGCUGCCCGGGGCCGAUCAUCCCAAACCCAGCAGUUCCUCCUCGAGCAGCUACAACACCGCCAAAUCUGGUUUCGCGCCGCUGCAGGCCGAAGGGCCGGCUUUGCUGGGACGCCCGGCCCCGUCCGCCGGCACGAGCACCUUUGACGACCAAGAUUCGACCCUGCCGCCGUCGCCGUCCAAGUCAAAACCGCGGCGAGGCUGGCUCGGGUCCCUCGGGCGCGUCUUCUCCCAGUCGGGCGGCUCGCCGCCGGGAGCGUCGUCGGAGCACUCGGCCACGCAGCCGGAAAUGGAGCAAUGCGGAGGCGACUUCGAGCCCCGCGUCGGUCUUCCCGGCGAGCUUCUUAGAAGGAAGCAAGGCCGUCUAGACUGGGAGGACGGCCCCGACGCGGCCAGCUCCGUUGCCGGGGGAGGUUCGCAGCCCGAAAACGACUGGGACAUCGAGCGGGCCGUGGAGCAGCGCCUGGUGCAGGUCGUGUUCACGGUGCCGAAAGAGCGCUUGCGCGUCGUCAACGGCGACGCCGAAUCGCAGACGGGGGCCGAGGGCGCGUCGCACAAGGGGGCGAGGUUCAACGAGACGGACCAGCUGCACGAGCCACAGGUCGCCGAGCUGGUCGACCCAGACAGGCACUCGUCCGUGUCGACGGUGCAACCGGCAGAGAGAGAGAGUGCUUACAGGCCGUAUUCUCAGGCGGACGAGGACCACGACUUUUUGCACGUGGACUUUGCUGAUCCGAGAUUCAGCCACUCGACCGACGAUUCGGGGAGGAGGUCGUCUGGCGCGGUUUUCACCGCCGAGGCGAUUCGAUUCGAGAAGCCUCGCACCAGGGUGCUACAGAUGGUUGAUACUAUCGAGAGCCGUAGCCAGUCGAACAGUCCGACGAGGGGGCACGAGGAGGAGAACCGUGACUUUGCAGAUGCCGCACUUCAUGAUGGUGAUGGUGGUGGUACUUUGCGGACGAGUGCUGGCCAAGGCUGUCAAGGAUUCCCCGGCAGGCCGUCGACGUCAGCUGCGACUGCUGCCCGGACGGAAGCUUCGUCAACGCGCGAGGACGCCUGGCGGACGAAAAACGUCGCCAGGUUUGCGCCGCUGCGCCGAGUUCGGAGGGAUGCCUUGACCCAGACGCCCAUCCGCCUGUUGGAUGCGCUGCACCGCUCGACGUCUUCUCUGGCAGCGGAUCCUCGGGACAAGCUGUUUGCCCUGCUGGGCCUCGCAUUCGGCGGCCUGCCGUCCGUCCCGGAGCCGAGCUACAUGGGCUCCGUCACCGACUGCUUUGCCGAGUUCGCAACGGCGUUGCUGGAGAACAACAUGCCCCUUGAUGUCGUCUACCUCCGGAGCGCCCAGACAAUUCCGCUGGAUCAUGCCCUGGCUGCCAACGGCGGGGGGAGUCUGCGUCCGGACAUUUCCAUCUCCGGCCUCGAGCUAAACGCCGAGGGUGCCUUCUUUAACGCCGUGGACGGCCUGGGCAGUGCCUUUUCCAUGCCCGGCGAGGACGCCUCCGCCCACACCGUGGCCCUGCCGCACCGGCUGGUAACGCCGCAUGGGUCGGACGAUGAAACAUCUCUUGUGAUAUCCCGGCCCCUGCUUUCGACCGAGUUGCUCUACGGGGCCACGGGCGCGUCGUCGUCGACGGCUCCCGGCGGCAACGUGUGCCGUCUUUGGGACGUCAAGUCUGCAGAGCAGCUGCAAGAGCUGCUGCCGGUUGCGAUAUCGCCGACUCCGUACCAGUCCUCCUGCAUGCGGCUCCUCAUGACGGAGAAGGGACACCUCGGAUGGGCUCACCCGCAGGCCCGCAGAGCAGACAAGAUUUGUCUCCUUUCCCACUGCACGACUCCCGUCAUACUACGAGGCUGCGGAACUGGAUAUCGCGCCGUGGGCGACGCCCGCAUCUCGCGCCGAGCAAUUGGAGAUUUUCUGGGGUUGACGAAUGCUGCAAAAGUCGCAAAGGUCCGAAUAUUGCCUUGA